CACAGGGCUGGCGGGCCGCACUUGUCACCGUGUCACAUCCUCCCUGCCGCCUGCCGACCCGGCUCACCCUCCCCAGCUCGGCCGCCGCCCGGGGCCGCCGCGGCGGCAUGGGAUAGAGCCGGGCAGAGCCGCCCUCGCCGCUGGUUUCACGUUGACCUCCCCGCGGUUUAAAUCCUUCCCCGCGUGUCCCCCCCGCCGCCUCCUCGCCUCCCCCGCGGCCCCUCUCUCCGCCGAGCCCCCGCUCCCCCGGGCGCCUCCCUCGCCGGUCCUCGCCGCGGAGCCCCCGGAGCGGAUAGCGCCUGGUGCCGAGCGCUUCCCUCCUUCCCCCAAGUCUUCGGGCUCUCGAACAUCUCCGUUUGGCCUCAUUUUUGUGCUUCGGUGGUGUCUGCACAGCCCAAAUUAGCAGCGAGGAUUCCACGGACGGGGGCCGCCGCCUCCCUCGGCUCCCAGAUAUAUGUUGGGGAAAGGAGGAAAGCGGAAGUUUGACGAGCAUGAAGAUGGGCUGGAAGGCAAAGUGGUGUCUCCCACUGACGGUCCCUCUAAGGUGUCUUACACCUUACAGCGUCAGACUAUCUUCAACAUUUCCCUUAUGAAACUUUAUAACCACAGGCCAUUAACCGAGCCAAGCUUGCAAAAGACAGUUUUAAUUAACAACAUGUUGAGGCGAAUCCAGGAAGAACUCAAACAAGAAGGCAGCUUGAGGCCCAUGUUUGUGGGCGCUUCGCAGCCUGCCGACCCUCUCAGCGACAACUUCCGCGAGGCGCAGCCGGCCUUCAGCCACCUGGCCUCGCCGCCCCUGCUCCCCGCCGACCUGGUAAGCACUAUGCCCCUGGAGUCCUGCCUCACCCCGGCCUCUCUGCUCGAGGACGACACUUUUUGCACUUCCCCGGCUGUCCAGCACGAUGGUCCGACGAAGCCACCACCUCCUGCUCUCCAGCCAGUAAAGGACAGCUUCUCCUCAGCCUUGGAUGAAAUCGAGGAGCUUUGUCCAGCACCUACCUCCGCAGAGGCAGUAGCAGCUGAGCCGGCAGCCGACGACUCGAAAGCCCAGCCCAGCGAGUCCAACACCCACAAGCCCGAGGGCCUCCCGGAGAGCAGAACGGCUGAAUCCAAACUCAUGGACCCCCUGCCUGGCAACUUUGAGAUAACAGCUUCCACAGGUUUCCUCACAGACUUGACCCUGGAUGACAUUCUGUUCGCUGAUAUUGAUACGUCCAUGUAUGAUUUUGACCCCUGCACGUCUGCCACGGGGGCUGCCUCAAAAAUGGCUCCUGUCUCAGCAGAUGAGCUCCUAAAAACUCUCGCUCCGUACAGCAGUCAGCCAGUAACUCCAAAUCAGCCUUUCAAAAUGGAUCUCACAGAACUGGAUCACAUCAUGGAGGUGCUUGUUGGGUCUUAAAAAUAUUAGAAAUAUAUCAACUUUUUUUGGUCUUUUUUUUUUUUUUUUUUUUAAUUUUAAGUACCAGUAUAUACACUUGGUAGUAUUUCCAUAGUCCCUCCUAGCCCCGAUUCACAGCACUGUGCAUGCAUCCUUGCUUGCCUUUUUUGAAAAGAAAAGGAUCACACUAGUUUUUGCUUCGAGCAGAGUUGGAGUGCCUUCAUCCAUGUAUGACCACUUCUAAUGUAUUUUUUUUAAAGUGGUUCCUCAAGGAAGACCGAAUAUCCUGGUAUAGGAAAGAAUACGUAUUGUAGACAAUGUUAUGUUAUUACAAAAAAAAAAAGAAAAAAAGGAAAAAAAAAAGGUAAAAGCUAAGCACAAGGAUUAUGUUGGGGAAAGCUGUAAAUUGCAUGUGCAUACUUGUCUAUUUUUUCUAUAAGUUUUAUUGCAAGAGGUAAAAAAUUUUAUUAUUUAGAUAAUCUCAAUACCAUUUUAGCCCUGUAUAGGUUGACUUUAGCAAUUCAGCCUUUUGGAGGCAUUAACCUGCUCCUCUUUAAGUGUUGCAUUUACAUGGCUGUUUAGAAACUGCUGCCCAAAUUUAUUUUAUAUUUUUGUACAGAUUCUGCAGUUUAUGGUAUUGUUUUUUCUAAAAACAAAUGCUGUUUAUACACACAAAAAAAUAGCUAUUUUGAUAGGAUUUGCUCACAUAGUUCCUGCAUAAUUCAGAUGUACAAGAACCACUUGUACUUUUAUACAGAGUUGUAAUGUUUUAUAUGUGUAUGGUGCAAAGAGAAAAUUGGAUCAAAUAAGCCUGCAGUCGGUUUCCCUGAAUGCAAACAAAAAAAAAAGUGCUUUAAGAAAGGGCUGGGAGCUGCUUCUGCCGGAGUUUCACAAGUGUUUGCUCCCUGCUGUACCCACUGCGCACUACUGUGAUUCCUGAAACUUAGAGCCAUGUCCUUUCCAACACGUAUGUGAAGCAGUUGGCAGGAAACAGUUGUGGAACUUCACCCGGAGCUCCUGAGCGCUGCCGUGGCCGCAGCUCCCGCCCACCCCACGUGGAGCCUUAACCCGGCGGAGAUCGGCACCUCCUGACCCGGAGCUCCUGGCAAUGGUGAGGGGAGCCCGGAGAGCCAGCCAGGCUCCCGUGGCACUCCCUGACUGAUGGCGCGAGGCUGGGAGCAUCCGCUCGCCCUUUCUUGGAGCAUUUCUCCUCCCCUCUCCCACCUCACUGUGCUAAGUGCUGAAAAAGGCAGCUUCAGUAUUACUGCAGUGAAGCUCAUCUCGUACCUGCACUGGAUGGACUUGCUUCAAUAUCCAUUGCUGUCAAAACUGGAGCCAGUCGUGUGACAUCACUUAGCAUCUCGUAUAGAGUUGGGUUCUUGUAUCAACUGCGUUACCUGCUUUACACUUUAUAGACCCGUUUUACAAGGAAUAUACAGACACAGCUUUCUAUGCAUGGUCCCCUCCCCCGUAACACCUGAGAAGUCUUCUUACUGCACCAAUAGCUGUUUUUUUUUUUUCCUGAGUUCGUUGUGGUGUACAUUUAAUUUAAAAAGAAAAAAGUGUUUGCAAUGUAUCAUGCCUAUUGCUGAAGUUGCUAUGGCAUUUUAGUUUUCCAAUGGUACUUUAGUUGUUGAGUGCCGGUUACAACCUGUAUUGUUGACAUGCCUAUGGCUUCUUUAGGAAUAACUUUUAUAUUUAUUUAAGAAAUUUUAAAUUAUGUUUUACGUCAUUUGGCAAUAUUCAGUCAGUUCUGCUCCCUUCUUGUCAUGGAUGAAAUUGGGUCUUGCCUGCCUUUUGAGGAGGCGGCUUUUUGUAAAUUGGCACUUUAAAGCAGGCCAUAUAUAGUUAUUAGUAUAUAGAUAGAUGUAACAUAGAUAUGCACACAGACACAGGAUGAGAGCAAAUACAUUUUUGCAAUGAAGGAACUCCUAAUGGAAAUGAAAUGCAUCAUGUACAGCUGCGAAAGGCGCUUCUGGCUCCCAGCUCAUCUGUCAGGGAGAGACAGGGCUGGGGAGGAGGGGGGCACUGGCCCAGGGGGGUGGGUUUGCUUUCUUCUGUUCCCAAGCUGAGCUCCGUGAAGCACUGGGGUGCUGAUGGAUCUGCAGUCACUACACAGACUAAAGAGAAAGGAGGUUAUGCUUCAACGGAGAGCCACUGACCAAGUGUAGCGUUAGGGACCAGGGGAAGGGAGGGCAGGGAGGGGAGGCUCAGCUCCAGAUCCACCCAGCCCUUGUUCCACAGCAGUCCUCAGCCCCUGCAGGAGAACCCACAGCCUUUCUGUCCCUGCACCUCGAGUACCUGGGAACACAAUGCUGCACAAACCUGGAACAGCACCAGGCUCGGUAACUUGGAGGCACUUGCCUUACCAUGCUUAAAAACUGGUUUGCAGGAUGCUGGAGCCAUCUGUUUUUUGGGAUUACUUAAGUAUUUAUGCCUGCAUAAAUAUCACCUGCUAGGCAAAAGCUCCCAUCAGUGCCCUUCUCAGAGACCUGUGCUGUUCAGGGGAGUCAGCUGAAGGGAAGUUUUUGUACCCAGAGAGCAGGAGCUGAGCUCUAAAUCCAGCCUGCCGCUUGGGCGGUGUCUGUGGCUCCUUGGUGCUGAAGCCCAUGUCCUGGGGCAGAAUCCCUGCAGGAAUCCCACAGGACAGAAACCUACUUGAUUUGUGGGACUCAGCAGAAGGUUGGGAAGGCUGCUGCAGGCCUGGGUCGAAGGGCUGAGCUGUGGCUUUCCCCCUGCCCAGUCACUGAGUGUCUCCAGCUGGGCCUGUGCUGUGGUCCCAACAGCAGCCAAGCAUGGAAUUUCUCUGAGACCUACACCAGGGAUGGAGAUUGACAUUAACGUGCAAUGAAGUGACAAGAUGGGAGCAGAAUAAGAGGGCUUUGGAUUUGAAGUGAUUUUUUUUUCUUAAAUUAUUUAUUCUUUUUUUUUUUUUCUUCUGUAAAUAUAUUUAUUUUAUUGUGAAGCUAACAACAUCUGGAUUGUAACAUGUACAGAAUGUAUGGUAGGAAUGUAUCCUCUUGUAGGAAUGUAAAUCUGUAUGAAAAAGGGUAUGGGAGCCAGAUUCAGAAAGAAUUAAUUGAGUUCCAGUCAGGAUAUGCAUGGAUCACAAGAUUAUUUUUUUCCUACACUCUUUUUCUAAUAUGGGUCUGGUUGUUUGAAAUAUGCAAAAAAAGGUAUGGAGGAGGGACAGGGUUAUGUUCAAAAUUAGUUCUAAUCAGGCUCCCACCCCCCAGUGGCUGCUUGAGAGGGGCCUCCCUUGGCAUGCUACUGGAAUUUGCCACUGAAGGCAGCAGCAAAUGCAGUCAUCUCCAUCGUGCUGGCCUGGGAAAGGUUUAGAAAAGAUGUUUUCUUCCCUUAUUUUUCAAACACGCAUGGGAGGCCCAGCAGAACUCCCUGGGGCCGGGUGCCCUGGAAGGGGCAGGGUGUUCCCCAGGAGUUGUGCCGGAGCUGGGGCCGGGCAGGAUCUCCCGUCCCGUGGAGCCCAAAGCCCGGCUCUGUGUCCGGCCAGCCGGGCCCAGGGCUCCGCACUCCCUCCGGAGCCUGGGAGCCAGGGAAGGGGAGCAUCCCUGCUGGAGAGAGCGCCUCGGUCUGUGCGGGCACCGCCUGCAGCCCCCGGACAGCAACGCCGCCAGGAGCCACCGCUCACUGCCAGGAGAAAUUCGGAUUUUCCUCAACGCCGUGUGGUAAGAGCCUGGGUUAUUUAAAACACAUGCUUUUGAAUCCAAAGUUUACACUUUAUUACUAUUAAAUUGAGUAUAUAGCAAUGGGUCCUGUCUGACAAAUGGUUUAAUUCAUUCUGGCAUGUUUUGAACUUUUUGUUCUUGUUACAGGGUUUCUUUUGGUUUGGUUUUGUUCUUUUUUUUCCUCCCCCAAGCCCCCCAAUCAGGCUUCAGUAUCCUGCUUCUGUGCAAGUUGCUUUCAAUAUUCUAUUAAUUAACGAGACUGAACAUUUUAAAAUAAAUUAGUUAUUUUUAAGCACUUUUUUCUUUUUCUGAAAAUAAGCCUAAUGCAAGUUCUGGAACCUCUUUAAAAACACAAAUUGCAGAUAAAAUCCCAACCUCAACUUCUAUCUAGUUCUGAGCGUAUUCCAUACUAGUGCCUGCAAAGGCCAAGAUUCUGGAAAAGGUGUAAAUAGUGUGACAUGUUCAGUGCAUGGUUGUUUGAACAGGGCUUGUUAUUGUCAAGAAAAAAAAAAAAAAAAAGAAAAAAAGAAAAAAAAGGAAAAAAAUAGAAAAAAAAAAAAGAAAAAAGGCUGUAUUUCCCCUUCCCCUCCCACAGACCUUAGAGCUGUGCCUUUUCUAUGCAAUAUUACAGACAUCUGAAACCAGAUUACUGUAUUCACAUGUAGGUAUGGGCUGUAAUCAAAAAAACAAUUGGACAAAUGUACAUGGAAAUCAGCAGUCUUACUUUUGUAGUUUUAUAUUAUACAAUAAACAAUUAAAAUAAAUUCUGGCUUUGUUC